GCCUUGCAAAGCUUCCAUAUUUGUCACCGUUUGCGCAUGCGACUCUUCUUGAUUACAAGCGAGUUGUUUAAUCGUGUGAUUACCGAAUUUUUGUUAGUUUUUUGAAUAAAAAAUGGAUGAGAAUUAAUAAGUGUCGGCUACGGUUACAUCUAGGACUAUUGCGAGAAGAUGCGGCGUAAAAGUGCCCGUAACGCCCAGAAAGCGUCUCCUGAGAAAGCGCUCAAAGAAACGGAAACUCCUCCGAAGACCCGUCGAUCGCGGCGUCGGAAAAGAUCACCAUCGAAAUCGAGCGAAUCUGAAGAUGAAGUUCUGACAAUAACAAAGCGUGCCCCGCUUGAAGCUACCCCCGAUACAACAACUAAGAGUCACACUCCGAGUGACGAGGAGACUUGCGAUGAACCGGUGUGGAAAGUGACCUCUUCUGAGGAUACUCCCAAGGGGGAGAUCCAGAAGCUAAAGAUUUGUCUGACAAGGCCUUCCCCGGAUUCACCUGAUAAAAGCAAGACACGUCGCAGUAAGUCUAAUAGUCAGACUGAAGACGACGCGACGAGUUCUGAGGAUAAAUCGUCAACAAGACGAACUCGCUCACGGGGAUCUCCACUUGUUAGAAACGACGGUUUGUCUAGUCAAGACGGUGAUGAAGAAGUGGAAGAGAAGAAGGGUAAAGGUAAGUCUAAAGGUAAACAUAAGUCAAAAAUAGAAAAGUCACCGCACUUAAGCGAGCCUGAAAUACAACCGAACAAUGAAAUUUCUGAAAAUGUACAGGUGACGCCUCAGUCACCCUCUAUCGAUAAGCGAGUUGAUAAUGAGAAUGACUCUAAGGUCGAUGCCGACGAUAAAAAUAUUAAUGAGAGUGUCCAAAGGCAAGAAAAUGUCAACGACGUUGAUAAAGAACAACUUGGUAAUAAAACCGAGUCACAAGAUGACGAAUCUGACGAUGAGCCUCUAAGCAUUAUUAAAAAAAAUGUAUCAGUUGACAAACCUGUUACUGAAAAUAAACAACCGGAAACAACAAACGAACCUUCCGAACAUCAAGAACCUGAUCAAGAAGUACAAACUCAAAUCGACGUAAAACAAGAUCAGGUCGAAGAACAAGCUCCAGAAAAACCUGAAGAAAUUGCCAUAACUGAAGUCGAAACAGAAACACCCGAAGACAAACCUUCCGAAAUUGCCAUAACUCACGAAGAAUCUUCGAAAGAAACAGAAGCAGAAAAAGCAGAAGACAUAUCAGCUUCGUUAAAUGAAACACAAGAUGUUGAAAUGGCAAGUGUGGAAGAAAAGUCAGAGCAAACAACUGCAAUAAGUGAAGAUAAACCCGAAAUGGAAGAACCUCAAGUUUCUGAAAGUAUUGCUGACUCAGAAAAUGUUGAAGUUUGUCAGCAACCUCCUCAAAAGACACCAGAAGUACCUGUUGAAAGCACUGAGGUUUUGAAAGAAUCAGCACGUAUUGAGAAGAGUCCGCGGGAUAAUAAGGAUCGACAUCGGAGUCCACGGCGACAACUCCGACGAAGUAACGACUACGCGAAACCUGACUCCAAAGAGGAGCCUGUUAACAGCGGCCCCAUCAAACCUUUCAAAACCAAACACAGUUGGGAGCGCAGCUUAAGCUCAGCCCCUUCUUUGCUUAAAGUCGAUCUUGACAGCAUACAAAUCGUAUGUCCAACCAUUGAAUUUCCCGAAGAACCCGACCUCAGUUUGGAGCUCGAAAAAGAACGGCGGAAGUCUGUGACCGAGACAUCUGGCAAGAAAUUGGAACGCAAAGUAUCGGUCGAGUACAAGUCGGACACUUCUGAAAGACCGUCGUUUGAAAAACAGAAUUCUGUUAAUUCUUCUACGCAAGACGGCGAAGAUAAUUCGAAUAUCAUUGCGUUCAACCGAAAAAUUAGUAUCGUUGAUGACACUGCGAGCAAAUUGAAACCGCCACCAAGUCCGGCCAAGAAUCCAGUUUCGAAUAUACUUUACAUUACGAACCUUGUCAGGCCUUUCACUGUGAAACAGUUAAAGGAGUUGCUGGAAAGGACCGGGAAAGUGCAAGAGGACGGGUUCUGGACUGACAGGAUUAAGUCGAAAUGUUACGUCCAGUAUGAGACUCAAGAGGAGGCUGAAGCGACGAGAAACGCCCUCCAUGGAGUCCAAUGGCCAAUUGGCAACGGCAAAAAAUUAAUCAUCGAUUUUGCAACGGCUGAAGAUAUGGAAAAUGCGAAGAAUCCACCAGCGCCACCUCCAGCCCCAGUUCCAGACACAAAUGUUUCAACAAAAGAGAAUUUGGAACCAGCGGAGAGUAAACAUGACAAGGCCUCGAAGGAAGUGGAGAAGAAGAGACCUGAAGGACCGGUUCGAGAGUGGGACAUCGGCAAGAAGGACGUGCGUCGAGACCGAUCAAGGAGCAGAGAAAGAAGUCGCAAACACAGGCGUACACCAAGUCCAUCAGAUGAUUUUAUCACCAGGAAGCAGAGGAAAGCCGAGGACUCCGUCCCCCAAAAGUUGAUGGAUGACCUGUUCUUGAAAACGAAGGCCACUCCGAGCAUCUACUGGCAGCCUUUGUCACCCGAAGAGAUAUCGAUGAAACAACAGCAGCGCCUCAUCCGCAUGGAGGAACACAAAAGACGUAUGGAAGAGAAUUCGCGUAUGAAAGGGAGAGAAAUGGGGAGGGGCGCGUUCCGACGUAGAUACGAUUAAUCAGGAAAGAAAGUCUAAAGUUAAUUUUGUUGUGUGUGUGAUGUGUGGCAGUUGUGCGUGUGUAAGUUUUGUAGCAAAAAUUAUUUGAUUUUGAACCCUACCCUACUAUUUCUUUAAUUUUGCCUGAGUGAGGACGGAUAAAUGGGGAGAUAAUCCUAUUUUUUGUAGGAUUUUCAGUAUAGGUUUCACACUUUCGUUCAGCGAGGGAUUUUCACAGAAGCAUUAAUUUACACGUUAGUGGAAAUAGUAGCAUUUCACACAAACUAAUUGCUGUUAAAAAGUAUUGUAUGAUUUCGUGAAUGUUUUCCGAUGAAACAGUUCUGUAAAACUAUAAAUUUCAUUCAAUAUUAAAUCUUUAUUAUGA